AGGUGUAGAACGCAUUCUGCGCAAGUUUGGCCGCCGCUGGGACCCGUCGUGCGGAGUCGCAGCUCCCGCCCAGUGGCGCCCCCUGCGCGUUGCUAGGCGAUGGCGCUGGGUGGGGUGACGUAACUUCCUGUACCACUUCCGGGAAGGAGCCAUGGAGGCCGCGGCGGAGCGGAAGAGGCAGCGCGAGGAGCCGGCGGACACGUCCGACCUGUCCGGAGAGGAUGAUGACGACUACGUGCCCUACGUGCCCGUCAAGCAGCGCAAGCAGCAGAUGCUGCAGAAGCUGCUGCAGAUGCGGCGGAAGGUGGUGUCCGAGGAGGAGCAGCGGGACAGCAGGAGCGAGCAGCGCGGGGACGAGGAUGACAUCCCGCUGGGACCGCAGUCCAACAUCAGCCUGCUGGACCAGCACCAGCACCUCAAAGAGAAGGCGGAAGCUCGGAAGGAGUCGGCCAAGGAGAAGCAGCUGAAGGAGGAAGAGAAGAUCCUGGAGAGCGUGGCAGAGGGCCGAGCUCUCAUGUCGGUGAAGGAGAUGGCCAAGGGCAUCACCUACGAUGACCCAAUCAAAACCAGCUGGAGAGCUCCUCGCUACAUCCUGGGCAUGUCGGAGGCACGGCACGACCGCGUGCGCAAGAAGUACCACAUCCUGGUGGAGGGGGAGGGCAUCCCACCCCCCAUCAAGAGCUUCAAGGAGAUGAAGUUCCCAGCAGCUAUCCUGAGAGGCUUGAAGAAAAAAGGAAUCCAGCAGCCAACGCCCAUACAGAUCCAAGGCAUCCCCACAAUACUCUCAGGAAGGGAUAUGAUUGGCAUUGCAUUCACUGGUUCUGGGAAGACCUUAGUGUUCACCCUGCCGGUGAUCAUGUUCUGCCUGGAGCAGGAGAAGAGGCUGCCAUUCUCUAAGCGAGAGGGACCCUAUGGGCUCAUCAUCUGUCCCUCGCGGGAGCUGGCCCGGCAGACCCACGGCAUCCUGGAGUACUACUGUCGUCUGCUGCAGGAGGAUGGGCUGCCCCCGCUGCGCUGCGCCCUCUGCAUCGGGGGCAUGUCUGUCAAGGAGCAGAUGGAGACCAUCAAACAUGGGGUGCACAUGAUGGUGGCAACCCCCGGGCGCCUGAUGGACCUGCUGCAGAAGAAGAUGGUGAGCCUGGACAUCUGCCGGUACCUGGCCUUGGAUGAGGCUGACAGGAUGAUCGAUAUGGGCUUUGAGGGGGACAUCCGUACCAUCUUCUCCUACUUCAAGGGCCAGCGGCAAACCCUCCUCUUCAGUGCCACAAUGCCCAAGAAGAUCCAGAACUUUGCCAAGAGUGCCCUGGUGAAGCCCAUCACCAUUAACGUUGGGCGAGCGGGUGCUGCCAGCCUGGAUGUUGUGCAGGAGGUGGAGUAUGUGAAAGAGGAGGCUAAGAUGGUGUACCUGCUGGAGUGCCUGCAGAAGACCCCUCCACCUGUGCUGAUCUUUGCUGAGAAGAAGGCAGAUGUCGAUGCAAUCCACGAGUACCUGCUGCUCAAGGGUGUGGAAGCUGUGGCCAUCCAUGGAGGGAAAGAUCAGGAAGAACGGACAAAAGCCAUUGAGGCCUUCCGGGAUGGGAAGAAGGAUGUCCUGGUUGCCACUGACGUCGCUUCCAAGGGCCUGGACUUCCCAGCCAUCCAGCACGUCAUCAACUACGACAUGCCAGAGGAGAUCGAGAACUAUGUUCACCGCAUCGGGCGUACGGGUCGUUCAGGCAACACCGGCAUCGCCACCACCUUCAUCAACAAGGCCUGUGACGAGUCAGUGCUGAUGGACCUGAAGGCCCUGCUCCUGGAGGCAAAGCAGAAGGUGCCACCUGUGCUCCAGGUGCUGCACUGUGGGGAUGAGACCAUGCUGGACAUCAAUGGUGAGCGGGGCUGUGCCUUCUGUGGCGGCCUGGGCCAUCGCAUCACCGACUGCCCCAAGCUGGAGGCCAUGCAGACCAAGCAAGUCAGCAACAUCGGCCGCAAGGACUACCUGGCCCACAGCUCUAUGGACUUCUAGCCUGGACAGUGUGCUGCCCCUCGAUGGGCCUGGGUUUCCUUUCAGCCCAGAGGCCUGUCUUGCACUGCUGUGGCCCCUUUUCCAGAAUUUUGUUCAUUGGGACUGUUGCCAGCUCAGCCUGACGAAGCUCCUGGCCCGGAAGGAAAUGUAUGGAGCUGUGCUGAAACAGCCCGUUACAUCAGCAGUGUGUUGGGCAAGCAGGUAGCAGUGCCUCAGGGCAAGAGAAAGCCCCAGGUGGGGCAACUGGUCUGCUGCCUGCUGCCACUGCCAUCCCCCUGCAGUGGUGAGGUCAGGAUCUUGUGUUGCUCCUCAGAAAUCCACCCGGUUUCUCUGGGCCCAUGUUGCUCACCUGGAUUUGCACAUUCUCGGGUGGCUGUUCCUGUCUCCCCAGACAUGCUGGGAGGAUGCAGGCAGGGUGAGGUGGAGCAUGCUGUGCUCGUGUCAGGCGCUCCCCGAGGUUCUUCCUGUGCUCUGCCCCCGCGUUCUGCCCCACUGCCCUGCUGUGAGGGGGAGGGCGGGCACAUGGACACCUCCUGUGGCCCAGCCUCUGCCCCCCAUCCCACACCCCAAAAAGGGGAAGUCUCUGUGAGACGGAAGUCUGCCCCAUGCCUUUCCUUCGACUGCAGCAGUCACAUUUUCUCCGCUGCGGGUAGCCCGAGUCCCUUAUCCUUGCCUGGCUGCCAGGGUGAACUGGGCCCAUGGAGAGACCAGUGAAGGAUGGGAUCGUUUAUGUUCAGCACACCAAAUUUGGAAAGGUAAAGGGUGGAUUUGGGGUUGGUAGAGGGUUUGCCCUGAUUUGUCAUGAUGCUGGGCCCGGGACUGGGCCCUCAGCGACCUGGGAAGGAGCCAGACCUACUGGAGCUGCCCUUGGGGGAGCCCUGGGCUCAGCAGCUCCAUAAGUGGGGCUUUCCCGUGGGCCUGAGGGGACUCAUCUGUGUGGGCACCCACACUCUGGCUCGCCCAUGUGUUGGGUUCUUCUUGUUUGGUCACCAUGUGAGUCUCAGUGGUAGAAUAAACAUGCGUUAAUAUCACGCAGCUCCAGCGUGUGUGUGUGUGU